AUGUUGAUCUAUAAACUAUUUCUUAAAGGAUGGUAUACGUGUCAUGCACUACGGGCUAAGGGUGGUGACAGUAGCGCUGAUAGUGGUGGUAGUAGUGGUAAUGACAGUGACAGUAGCGCUGAUGGUGGUGACAGUAGUGGUAAUGACAGUGACAGUAGCGCUGAUGGUGGUGGUAGUAGUGGUAAUGACAGAGACAGUAGCGCUGAUGGUGCUGGCAGUAGUGGUAAUGACAGAGACAGUAGCGCUGAUGAUGCUGGCAGUAGUGGUAAUGACAGUGACAGUAGCGCUGAUGGUGGUGGUAGUAGUGGUAAUGACAGCGACAGUAGCGCUGAUGGUGGUGACAGUAGUGGUAAUGACAGUGACAGUAGCGCUGAUGGUGGUGACAGUAGUGGUAAUGACAGUGACAGUAGCGCUGAUGGUGGUGGUAGUAGUGGUAAUGACAGUGACAGUAGCGCUGAUGGUGGUGGUAGUAGUGGUAAUGACAGUGACAGUAGCGCUGAUGGUGGUGACAGUAGUGGUAAUGACAGCGACAGUAGCGCUGAUGGUGGUGACAGUAGUGGUAAUGACAGCGACAGUAGUGGUAAUGACAGUGACAGUAGCGCUGAUGGUGGUGGUAGUAGUGGUAAUGACGGCGACAGUAGCGCUGAUGAUGGUGGUGGCAGUAGUGGUAAUGACGGUGACAGUAGCGCUGAUGAUGGUGGUGACAGUAGUGGUAAUGACAGUGACAGUAGCGCUGAUGGUGGUGGCAGUAGUGGUAAUGACAGUGACAGUAGCGCUGAUGGUGGUGGCAGUAGUGGUAAUGACAGUGACAGUAGCGCUGAUGGUGGUGACAGUAGUGGUAAUGACAGCGACAGUAGCGCUGAUGGUGGUGACAGUAGUGGUAAUGACAGCGACAGUAGCGCUGAUGAUGGUGGUAGUAGUGGUAAUGACAGGGACAGUAGCGCUGAUGGUGGUGGCAGUAGUGGUAAUGACAGAGACAGUAGCGCUGAUGGUGCUGGCAGUAGUGGUAAUGACAGAGACAGUAGCGCUGAUGGUGCUGGCAGUAGUGGUAAUGACAGAGACAGUAGCGCUGAUGAUGCUGGCAGUAGUGGUAAUGACAGUGACAGUAGCGCUGAUGGUGGUGGCAGUAGUGGUAAUGACAGUGACAGUAGCGCUGAUGGUGGUGACAGUAGUGGUAAUGACAGUGACAGUAGCGUUGAUGGUGGUGACAGUAGUGGCAAUGACAGUGACAGUAGCGCUGAUGAUGGUGACAGUAGUGGUAAUGACAGUGACAGUAGCGCUGAUGUGGUGGCAGUAGUGAGUGGAAGUGUUUAA